GCGCGGCUCGCUACCCACCCGAUGCCGCCACCUGCUUUGCGGCGGUUCUGAUCACAGGCAGUGCCUUGUCCAUGCUGGCCCCACUGGGGCUGGGUCUGUGGGCUGAUCUGCGCGGCGAGCGGGAGGUGUACGUAGGGAUUUCGCUGGCUGCGGGUGCAGCAGCGCUCCUGUUCGCCUCAGGGCCGAACGCCUUUGGGUUCGCAGCAGCUUGG